GCCAUGUGCUCGUAAUUCACUUCGAUCCUCGUUUGACCUGGGAGGUAAGCAAGCAAGCAAACAAAAUGCUGGAGUGUUGCGUUGAGGAGGUUCAUCGAUGGCUGAGCAGGCGAGGAACUCAGUCUGCACCCAAUAAUGACAGGCACUUGCCGAAUAAGCAUGAAGCGUCCAAGGCGAGCUGUGUCCAUGUCCAUGUCCAUCGUGGAGGCGACCGGGGCUCGUGUCGAUGUCGAUGUCGGCCAGAAGCAUCGGCCCCGUUCGCAGCAAGAGGACACGGUAAAAGUGCAGGCGUGGCCAUGGUGAAAACUCGGGGGAGGAAACUGGCAGCCACAAGCAGAUGGUUUGCACGGGCUGAAUUUACGACCAACAACAGUGCGGUUUCCAUGGCCCGGGAAGGAAGUCAAUCGGCGGUGCGAGAACCAUAAUUUACCUCCCGACUGGCGUGAUUGCUGGAGCUAUCCCACGCCGGGGGAAUGAGCUUAAAUUAAUGCGCUCUUUUCUAUGAGCCCAAAUGCAAGUACUCCCCCCCGGCAGUAAGGACAGCGGACACCAGAUUACAUCCGUUUGCAUAAUCUUAUACAAUCUCCCAAAAGUGAAGCGAAAUGUGAUCAGUUUGUCGGUUCUGGCCGACAUUACUCUCAUCCCGCAGAACAUUGUAGCUGAGGGUGCUGCUGAGGUGGCCCCGAGGACUUUGUCGUAGCCAAGCUCUCGAAUGCGCUUGCGAGGAAGCAUGGGACCGAGUACGGCAUCUGACCUAGCCCUGAGUCCACAGUCCACCUGUCUGUCUAUCCAUCCAUCUCUCUCUACCCCAAUCCUU